CACGAGCGCCCACGGUGCAUCGCAUUGAUGGCUGGAACAAUAGAGCCCAGAAUAGAGCCCAACUCUGUCGCGCGGGGUCGGUGCGCCCUUGGAUCUACUGGUCACCUCAUGGCCCACGCUUUUCUCUCCGUUUAAGUACUAGUAUCUGCGACAUCUUCCUCGCUUGUUGUCUGCGUCGUCAAGUUGCCCUCGAUGUCCGCAGAGCCGCCUCCUCAGUCAGACAAACCGUGGGAUGCCUUGUUGUUGGACGAGCUCUAUUGGUGUGACCGGCAGCCAUGGCUUCAAGAGCAUGGCUAUAUGCUACGCCCACGGUAUAGGCCAGGUUGGAAGCCAACUCCCAGUGGCUUUAGAUUCCGCGAAGAUAGCCUCUGGGCAAUGGUUCCCUUCGUCAUGGACGCCACACGAAUAUCCGAUGGCUCGAUUGUACUCAUGAAGAAGUUGGACGUCGAGAUCCACCCAUUUGAGCUGGAGAUCGGCCAAUUCCUCUCGUCCGACCAGAUUACGUCCGACCCACGCAGCCACUGCGUACGCAUUCUGGAGGUCCUGCCCGAUCCAAUGGAACAGAGUAUCUCUCUUAUAGUUAUGCCUUACCUGAGGGCGUUCGACAAUCCAGAAUUCCUCACAUUUGGGGAGGCCGUCGCAUGUUUCAAACAAUUGAUUGAAGGUCUACGUGUCAUGCAUGAGAACAAUGUAGCGCAUCGUGACAUAUCCAAACGGAACGUCAUGAUGGACGCGGCUGCCAUGUACCCUGACAUGUGGCACCCCCGCUCUCCGGCUGACAAGUACGACUACUCCGGGAAAGCGAAGUACUACACUCGUACCGAGCGACCGCCAAAGUACUACUACAUCGAUUUUGGUCUCUCGCGCAAGUACGAUCCGGACAACACUUCUCCAGAAGAGCUGCCUAUCCUUGGUGGCGACAAGUCCGUCCCGGAGUUCCAGGGACGCGGGUAUGACAAGCCCGCAAAUCCUUUCCAUACCGACAUCUACUACCUCGGCAACCUCAUGCGGACGAAGUUCGUAGCGUACUACCGCGGCUUCGAAUUUAUGCACCCGCUCGUUGCCGACAUGUUGCAGAGCGAUCCGGCAAAGCGGCCGUCCAUCGCAGAAGUCGAGAUGCGAUUUGACGAAGCUUUCCGCGGGCUUACGAAGCGGAAGCUACGGUCGCGGCUGGUGAGGAAGGACGAGAUCAUGCUCGAGCGGGCUAUCUACGGCACAGCGCAUGUUUUCCGGACAGUGAAAUACCUCGUGAAGCGGCUGCCUCCUGUUCCGACUCCACCUUUAUGAUCUAUUUGCUCAGUCGAAUGUACUUACGAUACCCUUUACGCUGUUGUUGACUUUUGCUCAGGCUGCCGAUGUUGGUUUAGGCUACUGGAGGAUGUCUAUGUCGCGGAUUGAAUAGAGCUGCCGCGUCGCCGUAUAAGAUGCACGGUAUCAUUGUCGUGUGGUGAACAGAUCGGGCCUCCUUCGUACCAUUUCUUAUGACUCACCGGCUGCCAAUGUACGGAACAUGACUCAAAGACACAUCCCUCUCAA